GAAAUGUGCUGAAACAGACACUACCAAAGGAGGAUAAAAUAUAAGAGCAUCGAGAGAGGGCCUCCUCCGCUGGCCCCWCGCAGCCGAGCGCCAUGGAUCACUUGGGGAGCGCGGAAGCGGAGGAGGACUCGGGCUCGCUCGCGCGCCUCGCGCCCAGCCCGCACAGCGAAGCCGUCGCACACGAGUUUCAGGAGCUCUCCCUGCAGCCCAGCCAGUAUUUACCUCCCCUCAACGAACGGAAGAAUGUGCUUCAGCUGAGGCUACAGCAACGGCGGACACGAGAACAGCUGGUGGACCAGGGCAUCAUGCCACCUUUGAAAAGCCCAGCUGCAUUCCAUGAGCAGAUAAAGAGUCUGGAACGAGCCAGGACUGAAAAUUUUUUGAAGCACAAGAUUCGCAGCAGACCGGAUCGGUCUGAGCUGGUUAGGAUGCACAUCCUCGAAGAGACAUUUGCAGAGCCUUCACUACAAGCUACGCAGAUGAAACUGAAGAGAGCUCGGUUGGCAGAUGAUCUAAACGAGAAGAUUGCUCAGAGGCCUGGCCCUAUGGAACUGGUAGAAAAAAAUAUUCUCCCUGUAGACUCCAGUGUUAAAGAAGCGAUAAUAGCAGUUGGACAAGAGAAUUACCCUCAAGCUUUGGAUGAUUUUUCCUUUGACGAGGACAGCAGCGAUGCCUUAUCGCCAGAUCAGCCAGCGAGCCAAGAGUCGCAGGGCUCCACGGCGUCCCCSGGCGAGCCCAAAGUGAGCGACUCGCCCUCCCCAGUGACACCCAGCGCCACAGCCUCAGCACAGUACCCACCUUUAACCUCUCCAGUUCCUGAAUUCCUCAAAACUCCACCUGCAAUCGAGCAGCACGUUACACGUUCCACUACUGCAACCACCCUAACUACAAAUACAGUCUCAGCAGCAAAACCUGGGCCCACAUUAGUAAAGCAAACCCACCCAAAGAAUCCAAAUGAUAAACAUCGAAGCAAGAAAUGCAAAGAACCCAAGCCAAGGGUGAAGAAACUGAAGUAUCAUCAAUAUAUUCCACCUGAUCAGAAAGGUGAGAAGAAUGAACCACAGAUGGACUCCAACUAUGCUCGUUUGCUACAGCAACAGCAACUGUUUUUGCAGCUGCAGAUCCUGAGCCAGCAGCAACAACACUACAACUACCAGACAAUUCUGCCUGCACCGCUGAAGACACUGAACGAUAAGCAGAGUAGCAAUGGGAACACACCACUGACUGCACUGAACAGCAGCACGCCAGCACCAGUCGCCAGCUCACCCCGACAGAACAGUAACACUCCCAGCAGGAAACCAGGACCGCUGCCUUCCAGCUUGGAUGAUUUGAAGGUAGCGGAGCUUAAAAUGGAGUUGAAAUUAAGGGGAUUACCGGUGUCUGGAACAAAAACCGAUCUUAUUGAGCGUCUGAAACCCUACCAAGAUCUUAAUAACAACGGAGUCACUACUAGUAGCUCUGUUCCAGUAACCACUUCUACUGGGGCCACAUCUAACACUGCGGAAGUGACUGUGGCAUUUCCUGUCACAACACUAACUAAAACAGUAGUUAAUACUAUGCCCAGCUUUCCUCCAGAAAAAUCAUCUACUGGUCCUAGCAACAAAGUAAUUAAUACUGAAAACAUUAGUUCCCCUUUGCCUAUAUCUCCUGCUCCUUCAGAACAAUCUAACCUAAGCACAGAUGACACUACCAUGGCAGAUACUUUCACAGAAAUGAUGACCAUGAUGUCACCGUCCCAGUUCUUGAGUACUUCACCACUAAGGGUGAAUGUGAAUGAAGACACUCAGAACCGUAGCAGUGGAAGCAUCUCAAGUAUGGAGCUUGAUGUAGCAGAAAAGGACCGCAAGCUUCAAGAGAAAGAGAAACAGAUUGAAGAGCUCAAAAGAAAACUGGAACAAGAGCAAAAACUGGUGGAAGUAUUGAAAAUGCAACUUGAGGUUGAAAAACGGGGACAACAGCAACUGUCUCAGAGUUCUAGUAACCCAGCUGCUUUGGAUCAGAAACAAUUUAGUGCUGCUAUCAAGGAUGAAAAAGCUCAUGCUGACUGCUCUAGUACAAGUCAAUCUGUUUCUGUAGCUAGUCAAUCUUUAGGACAAUCAAUACAUACUAGUGGCCAGAAUCCAGUUGCCAAAAAGGCAGUUGUUAUCAAGCAGGAGAUACCCAUGGCCAAAGCCGAAAUGCAGAAYGCUAUUUCUCAGUUUUAUGUUAAUCCACAGAGGCAGCCACAAACUGCCGUUGUUGCCCAGCCUCAAGCUUUGCUAACCACGCAGGGAGCAACACAGCUGCUCCUCCCACUGUCUAUCCAGGGACCGAAUUCGACCACUUCAGUGCAGCUACCAGUUGGAAAUAUAAAGUUGCAGGCUCAGUCACAAGCUGGAGUACAGACCCCAUCACAAAUGCCUGCUUCUGUUCCCUCCUCUGGCUUGGUCCAGACAGCACCUCAGAUCCAUACUCCGCAAUCAAAACCAAAUUCCACCACGCAGCAUGCACUUGGUCAGACUCAACAAAUCAGGAAGGUUUUUCCACCUACRACAUCAAAUACUGUAUUUCCCUAUCAGGCUACACCAGUUACGACACCUGCUCAAUCUUUUAUUAAUAAAGCACCAAACUCUAAUGUUUGCACUGGUAGUAACCAGGCUCCACCUGUGCAGAAUGGACCUGCUCCUAGCAAGCCUGGCUCUCCAUCUCAAGCCCAGCCUUAUGUCGUUCAACAGCCUCUCUUCAACAACGCAGCUUCCAAGACAAAGGAUCCUCCCCGGUAUGAAGAGGCCAUAAAACAAACCCGCAAUAUUCAAACAUCUCACCGUGAGAUUUCCAGCGCGCACAGUCAGCAAAUGGACGAUCUUUUUGAUAUCCUCAUCAAAAGUGGAGAGAUUUCCCUUCCAAUAAAGGAGGAACCAUCUCCCAUUGCUAAAAUGAGACCAGUAACAGCCAACAUCACUACAAUGCCAGUGAAUACAGUGAUAUCCCGCCCACCACCACAGAUCCAAAUGGCGCCUCCUGUGUCUUUAGAACCAACAACCAACUUGUUAGUAAGUUUGGAAAACCAACUUGAAGCUCUCUUGGAUGGAACUUUACCUUCAGGUAAUGAAAUCCCUCAACUGACAAGCAGUAAUGAGGACAGAGAGUCAUUUUCUUUAAUUGAGGACCUUCAGAAUGAUCUGCUUAAUCACUCCAGCAUUUUAGAUCACUCUCAUUCACCCAUGGAAACCUCUGACCCACAGUUUACCGCUAAUAAUUCUUGUCUGUCUCUUGACCUUCCUGACACAAAUCUAGACAACAUGGAAUGGUUAGACAUUACAAUGCCCAGCUCUUCAUCUGGACUCACUCCUCUCAGUUCUACUGCCCCCAGUGUGUUCUCCACUGACUUUCUAGAUCCACAAGAUUUGCAGUUGCACUGGGAUUAAGCUAUAGCCAAUGAAAACACAACGUCCCAAUCUGUUUACAGCAUAGGUCCAUUCUUAAAUGAUUUUGGUUGCAAUUGAGAAAAAUUAACAGGAAUGUUUGGAAGAACAAAUGCUUGAAGCUAAUUCUUAUCAUUUUCAAGUUUACAAUUAAUUACUUUACGCUCCUGUUAUUAAUGCAGAUCAGGGCCCUCUGAAAACUGUAUUUCACGAGUCAAAGGAUGAUUGUACUUGGUGAUUAGAGGUACCCCAAAGAAAAUGCAUCGCAAAUGUAUAAGAAGAUAGUAUUACUGACUUUGCAAUGUUUAAACAGAUGACACAACGUGGCUGAUCUUAGAUAAGAAAAAUAAGUGAGACUUCAACUCUCUGUAUUGGCACAAUGAGCAGCUGUCACUGGGGGAAGGUGAGAUAUCACUGCACUUCUUGUUCCUGUGGAUAGCCUGAGCCAGGUUCAAAAGAAAUUGUGAGGGCAAAGGCAAGUAGAAGCACUGGCUGGUUCAGUGAUAUUUCGUGUAACUAGUCUCUUAAUUAGUUCAAGUUGUUUUAUAUUUUGGUUUUGUUGUUUUUAAAACUUUUCUCCCAUUCUUUAAUUCUGAGGGAAGAAUUUAACUGCAUCUGAAGGGAUAUUAAGUGUAACUGCAGGAAAUCCACUGUAGCUAGGCCAGGUAAUAUCAAGAACACUGAAUUUUCUAUAGCAAUGCUCUGGAUUUAAUAGCUGGGGUUUAAUGUGUAUAUCAGAUAGUUAUUUGAAUACUCUUUUAACUUUGUAUAGCUUAUUUUUGUGAACAGAGGGGAACAGAGGUCUUCAAAAAAUCGAGAAGUUACAAUAUUGGAAAUAAUAAAUACCUAUUUUAAUUUGUACUUGAGGAUAUUUGUUAGACUAUUGAAUCCAGUAUCUUAGCAUAUCAAAAUAUUUUGAGAAAGCAGACAAAUACUAUCAAUCCUGCUGCACAUUCAGAUCUUGCAAACAUCUAUGCAAGAAUAGUCCCACAGAUCUCCAUUAAAGAUGGUUUUAGGAUCAGACCCAGAGUUGCAAGGGACAGUAYUGACAGUGCAAGCCUCAUUUUUAAUGAAUACUGUAUCUGUUGAACAGCUUUGUCUACCACUACUCAGUACAAAGGAAGCUAAACAGAAGUUGCUCAAUAAGAACCCUAAAUAGCUCUUACUGAAAACAAUAAAAGGUAAAUUAUCAAAAUUAGUGUGUACCGUUCAGUGUUAAGGCAGCCUAUUAACAUCUGUAAUAGAUAACAGCAACAAUCAAAUUUUUACCUCUCAGCACAUCAUUUAAAAGUAAUAGUUAAUGUUCUUUUCAGUGGCUAUUAUGAUAGUAAUCAGAAAAAUGAACAAAAAAUUAAAACAAUAAAACGUGGAAAUUUUAUAGUUGCCUAUCAGAUGAUGACAGUGGUUAGAUAAUGCCAUAAAUAAUGUAUAUUGAUGAUCAGACAUAAAAUAGGCAUUAGUCCCAUUUGGGAAUUUCUAAAUAAAGAUAAAAGGAAAUAAUUUCCUAUUUCUUUCACAACACAAAUAUGAUAUUUUUUUCUGGUCUGAAAACUGAUCUCCUUUCAGAGCUCCUUUCCUACCACCAGCCUUCAAGAAUAGUGUUGUAGGAAACACUGGAAYCAUGUUAUGAAGCUGUUGCCUAGUUUUUGGAGUAACGAUCUGCAGCAAAGAUAUAAUGAAAACAAAACAGCUGUUAGCAACCAAUUUCACUUUAAACAAAUGUGGUAACAAACUAUAUUUUAAAUACUUCUGCCAGAGAAAAAAAGCUGUGGAAUUAUCUGAAAAUUUAGUGUCUCUGGACCAGUGCAGUCUAUUUAGUAAUAUCACACACACAAUUCCAUUGACUUCAGGUAAAAUAACAGAUUACGUCACUSAUUCAAGACUUAAAACUGGCAUUAUAGAUUUGCACCAUACCAGCUUUCAGUAAUCUAAAUCAUUGUAUAUCUGCAAUAGAUAGGCUAGGAUUCACUUUAAUCUAAAAUUAGACACAAGAAACCCCCUAUCCGGUUGGCACAACAGUAGAUGAAGUUGAAAGACUUCCUAAUCCCUUCUUUCUGUGCCUGCAGUACUUGAAUAUGAUACAGCAUAUGGACUGCCUGCCUCUUAUUAUGAUCCUAUAGUAUUGUUCAAUAAUGCUGAACAAAUACAUUCAACUUAGCAUUCCUUUUGAACAUAUUUUCUUGGGAGUACUCUGAGGUACAAAGUGCUCAAGUGUUAAUAGAAUGUCUUUCAAAAACAAAUUUCUUGUUUUGAUAGGAAGAACUCUGGAUUAAAUAUAUAGUAUUCUACAGUACUGUCAAUUUAUUGCAUGUAAUAACCAGACAUGUCUAGGUGUGAUGCGUGGCAUACAAUGUGAUAGCACACUGAAGAAAAUAGUAACAAGAAUACC